AUGUUCUCAGCUGUGAAAUGGAAAGGACUAAACAUCAAAAUCAACGGCAAGUACAUAACUCACCUUCGGUUUGCCGAAGAUAUUGUGAUUGUAGCUGAAACCUUGGAGGAUCUCAGUACAAUGCUCAAAGACCUCAGUAGAGCUUCUAUCCGAGUGGGCCUAUGGACUAUGGUCUGGGCUUGUGUGAUGGCAUAUGGCACUGAGACGUGGUCGCUUAUAAUGGACGUCAUCAGAAAACUCAACGUCACCCAAAGUGCAGUGGAGAGGGCCGUGCUCGAGGUUUUCGAUUACGACGUUGAAGUAGCAGUGGGCAGGGCACAUUCAUUGGCCGAAAAGUUGUUCAGUGGCGACUGCGAACCGGAAGACAGCGUGGCUAAGCCUCCCACAGGAUGGACUGACGACCUAUUAAGGUUCGCGGGGAUCCGCUGGAUGCAAGUAGCGCAGCGCAGGGCCGAUCUUUGUGGUGAGGCUUGGAGGAGGCCUAUGUCCAGCAGUGAGACGUCUGCAGGCUGA